UUAAGAUGAAGCUAAACUUAGAAGUAGCUAAAAUUAUCACUGCCAUGGAUUCUUUAAUGGCUUCUCCUCUACCCCUUGGUAUUCUUGUUCUACGUUGUUUCAUGUUACUGUUAAUGGUUUCUUGCAAAGCGAAGGGUUUGGUGGAACUUCCACCAAAUGUUACGGUUCCAGCAGUGUUGGUGUUCGGAGAUUCAAUAAUGGAUACGGGGAACAACAACAACAACAUGCAAACUCUUGCUAAGUGCAACUUCCCACCAUAUGGGAGAGAUUUCGAAGGAGGCAUCCCAACUGGUCGAUUUGGUAAUGGAAAGGUUCCAUCAGACCUUGUAGCUGAAGAAUUGGGCAUUAAGGAACUUCUGCCAGCAUAUUUGGAUCCAAAUCUUCAACCCAGCGAUCUCGUCACUGGUGUCUGCUUUGCAUCCGGUGGUUCAGGGUACGAUCCUCUCACAUCUAAACUAGCGUCAGCUAUAUCGUUGACCGGUCAAAUAGACAUGUUCAAAGAAUACAUAAGAAAACUAAAAGGACUCGUUGGAGAGGACAAAACAAACUUCAUCCUAGCCAAUGGUAUUGUUCUUGUUGUGGAAGGCAGCAACGACAUUUCCAACACAUACUUUUUGAGUCAUGCUAGAGAAGUAGAAUAUGAUAUUCCUGCUUACACUGACUUAAUGGUCAAGUCAGCUUCUAAUUUCUUAAAGGAAAUAUAUCAACUAGGUGGUCGGAGGAUAGGGGUAUUCAGUGCUCCACCAAUUGGGUGUGUGCCAUUUCAGAGAACACUGGUUGGAGGAAUAGUUAGAAAAUGUGCAGAAAAGUACAACGACGCGGCCAAGUUAUUCAACAGCAAACUCGCAAAGGAGUUGGCUUCCCUUAACCGGAACUUGCCUAAUGCCAGGAUGGUUUAUCUGGAUGUUUACAACCCCCUACUUGAUAUCAUUGUACAUUACCAAAAUUAUGGAUUUAAAGUGGGAGACAGAGGAUGCUGUGGUACGGGCAAAAUAGAAGCCGCAGUGUUAUGCAACCCUUUGCAUCCCACGUGUCCGGAUGUGGGAGACUACGUUUUUUGGGAUAGUUUUCAUCCUUCAGAAAAUGUUUACAGAAGGCUCGUAGCUCCUAUUCUUCGAAAAUAUUUGUCCCAAAGUUUUUCAAGUUCUUCUUUAAUACUUUUUUUUCUCGUUUUUACAUCAAUUUUUUUUAAAGUAUUUGUAGCUGUGGUGAAACUACCACCAAAUAUAACAUUUCCCGCAGUGAUAGCUUUUGGAGAUUCGAUCGUUGACCCGGGCAACAACAACAUGGUUAAAACACUUGUCAAGUGCGAUUUCCCUCCUUACGGUAAAGAUUUUGAGGGAGGGAUUCCAACCGGUCGAUUUUGCAACGGGAAAAUCCCAUCAGAUUUGCUAGCUGAAGAACUGGGUAUUAAGGAGCUUUUACCUGCUUAUUUGGAUCCAAAUCUCAAACCAAGUGACCUUGUUACGGGAGUCUGCUUUGCUUCUGGUGCUUCCGGAUACGAUCCUUUAACGCCAAAAAUAGCGUCGGUGAUAUCAAUGUCGGAACAACUAGACAUGUUCAAAGAAUACAUAGGGAAGCUUAAACACAUUGUUGGAGAGGACAGAACAAAUUUCAUCCUAGCCAACAGUUUUUUCCUUGUGGUAGCUGGAAGUGACGACAUUGCCAACACCUAUUUUAUCGCUCGCGUUCGACAAUUACAAUAUGAUAUUCCAGCUUAUACUGACCUUAUGCUCCACUCUGCUUCUAAUUUCGUUAAGGAAUUAUAUGGACUUGGAGCACGCAGAAUCGGAGUACUGAGUGCACCACCGAUUGGAUGCGUUCCAUCACAGAGAACUCUAGCUGGAGGUUUACAAAGAGAUUGCGCAGAAGAAUACAAUUACGCAGCCAAGUUGUUUAACUCCAAAUUAUCAAGGGAACUGGAUUCUCUUAAGCAUAACUUGCGCAAUAGUAGGAUCGUUUACAUUGAUGUUUACAACCCUCUAAUGGAUAUCAUUGUGAACUACCAACGUUAUGGGUAUAAAGUUGUGGAUAGAGGAUGCUGUGGCACAGGGAAAUUGGAGGUGGCAGUGUUAUGCAACCCUUUGGGUGCCACUUGUCCCGAUGCUUCGCAAUAUGUUUUUUGGGACAGUUAUCAUCCCACCGAAGGAGUAUACAGACAGCUCAUAGUCCAAGUCCUUCAAAAAUAUUUGACUCGAUUCUACUGAGUUUCAUCAUGGCAUGGCGUUAAUAAAUUAAUUACAACACAUAUCAUAUCGAAGAAGAUGAAUAUGCAUGUUAGUGAGUGUGUAUAUAUAACGUAACGGGUCUACUUUCCGUAGAUUCGUAUUUUUUCUUCUUCCUUAUUUCUAUUUGUUUUAAAUUUAAAAAUAUGAGUACUGCAAAUGAUUGAUCAUAUUAUAUUCAUUUUAUUUUUAAUUCAAAUUUGUAUUUCUUUUAU